ACAUGAGCGCAGUCGGGGAAAUGCGUGGGCGUGGUAUGGAGUGGGCGCGCUAUGAGCAGUCAGCUGCUGGCACGCGCUCUGGGCGGCUGCCGGAUUGAAUGGUGAGCAGUGACGUACUCCAGGAGUCCUGAUUUUAACUAUUUAUCUCCUCAAUGGCUCAACACUGCCGCUCAAAACACAUCGUGCAAAGAUCGUAGUCCGCAUAGUAGGCUAUAUCAUAGUCCAAACUAAUAUUUUGCACCGAUUCUAAUGACUUGUAAUUGAUUCGUCGUGGGAGUGAAAACUGCCUGAUCCUUUGGACAUAGCCUGCUUGAAGCGGUGAACCAUGUUGUGGCUUUGGGUCGCGUAUUGGAACGCAGCCGCGCUCCUCUGCGGGGCUGCGGCACAAUAUUCAAGUGACGAGUGCAGCUGGCGAGGAAGUGGCCUGAGUCACGAGCCCCACGUGAGAGACGUGGAGCAGAUCUACCUGCGCUGUGCCCAGGGCUCCCUGACGUGGCUCUACCCUACCGGGGCCAUCAUCGUCAACCUGCGGCCCAACACUGAGCCGUCGUCCGGGGGCGCCGCCGGCCUCCACGCCUGCAUCAAGCCACGGGCGGACUCAAAGGGGGCCCAGCUGUACCUGGAGCAGGCGGGGGGCCUGAGCGUCCUGCUGGGGGAGAGGGAGCAGGCCCUGGGGGCGGUGCGCUGCUUCAGCCUGGCCCAGGGCACGCUGUUUGUGGAGGCGGUGGCCCACACGGACAUCAGCAGGAGGAUCACGGCCUUCCAGUACGAGCUGGUGCCCAGCCAGGGGCCCGGGGCCAACAUGUACCCCUACCUGCACUCUGGCACAGCCUCCUGUAAACCAUGUUCAGAUGAGGAAGUCCUGAUGGCUGUGUGUACCAGUGACUUUGCGGGCAGAGGCGUCAUACGAGGCGUGGUGAGCUCUCCCCCCCCCUCCCCCACCUCGUCGUUGGGGGCCGCUGGCGACGGCCACCUCUCCGCCGCGGUGAGCCUGAGUCGUCUCUUCCACCAGAAGAGCGCCGUGUUCUCCCGGAGUGGCGCCAGGGGGAGGUUGUGGCGCGGCCAGCUCAGCGUGCCCCUGCAGUGUGGGGCUGGAGGUGGUGGUGGUGGUGGUGGUGGUGGGGGGGUGUAUCCUGGAGGGGACGACGAGUACCUGCUCACCGGCUCUGUUCACUUUGGGGAAGCGUGGCUGGGCUGCGCGCCGCGCUACAAGGACUUCCUGGCACGCUACCAAGCGGCGCAGGAAGCCCGUAUUAACCCGUGUCAAGUGGACGUGACCUGAGAGAGAGAAAGCGAGCGCAAGCGUGCGUCUGCCUGCGCUUGUGAAGUAAAACAAUGGGAAAGGCCGACACGGAGGAAAUACUUUUAUUUUUAAAGGGGAGGGGAAACCAGGAAAAAUGGGUUGUGUGGUAAACGUGGUCGUACGUUACAUGAUCUUCAACACAGUCAUCUAUUCCAUUUCGUCACCGUCGCUAAAACAAGAGCGUCGUUUCGAGAAGACAGGAGAGAAAUGUGAUGUUUUUACCGGUCUCCGAUAACCAGUUCCUGGACGUUCCGCCCUGCUCAGAUUGUUGGCAUGGCGACAAAGCUCCCUUGGACAGACUCUUCGAUGAAAGGAGGAGGGGAGGGGGCUCCGGCGUGUGCGUGUGUGUGUGUGUGUAUGUGGCUGUUUGGAGGGCUUCGAUUUCGAUGAACGGUUUAAGCUUCUCGGAAUCGUACAUCUAGAUACUCAGGCGUUAUAACGCCACGGUGUGUGUACCGGUGUAUACCUGUGUGUGCAUACACGACGACUCUACUGAAAAGUAUCACAAAGUGUCAGUGGGACGUAGCCCUGGGCAUGACCCCCCCCCCCCCCCCCCCCCCCUUCCUAGAACUCUCAGCCCAAAAUACUGGGUUUAAAAUCUCAGUGUUUGAAUUCCAGUUGAAACAGUGGGUUCACUUACACGUCAAAUGCAUUACGGAGAAGACAUUAAUGGUGAAUUCCAGGCAGUGAUUGGCUUCGAUUGAAAACCUGUUGACAACAAAUAAUAAAAGGAAUUAUACUGUCUAGGAUGUCACUAAAAUACUUUAGUGUAGUUCUUUCCUAGUACAAUUAUAAUGUUUAAAAUGUGAACUACAAAACAUUAGUAGAGUAAUAAUGUCAGAGUGAGCAAUUUGCUUAAAUUAAUGCUGUAAAUACCGUAGCUUGUAAAUAUUGUGCUCAAUAGCUCAUGCUCAUGUGACCAUGAAAUGGUAUGCUUUGAACAAAAGCUUUUUAUACCGGUCCCUUCUUCUGACAGAAGUGUACAAUAUGCAGCUCUGUGAGUUUUAUGUGUGCAUGUGGAUUAUGGUGUGUGUGUGUGUGUGUGUGUGUGUGUGUGUGUGUGUGUGUGUGUGUGUGUGUGUGUGUGUGUGUGUGUGUGUGUGUGUGUGUGUGUGUGUGUGUGUGUGUGUGUGUGUGUGAGUGAGAGAUUGUGUAUGCAUGCAUAUAUAUUUGCUGUAGACAAUAAAAACCUUUCCUGGA